GUUGCAGUUGUCGCUUCCUUGCUUUGCUAUUCCUAUUGUUGCUUUGCGUUUGCCGAUUGGCAGUUCUGUUCUUGUAGUGGUUUGUCGUUUCAAGUUGAGCUUUCUAGAAUCCCAAUCAAUGUUUUGUGUUUAAUUAAUGAACUUUAGCUUCAUUUUACAUUGCUAAUGAUCUAAACAACGCAAUAAUGGCGGAAAUAAGAUACACAAGAAAUCUCUUUUUGAGAUGUAUGAAUAUUAUUUACCUAUUCGCCUUUACAUCGUUGUACGUGCAGAUUCCCGGACUUUAUGGAAAUAACGGAAUUCUGCCAGCUCGCACUCAGCUGCUGGCCAAAGAUGGAACCACCCUUGCUGCCAAGAUGCACACCAAACCAACAUUACUGUGGCUGGCACCCUACAUAGGACUCGACACUGAGUAUAUGAUGGAUGUGCUUUCUCUUGUUGGCAUAUUUUUGUCUUUCACUGGGUUCAUUUCUCAAAAGUUUUGUUGUAAACCAAUAUUUGCGGCUCUUUGGUCUCUUUAUUACUCAUUGUACCAAGUUGGGCAGACAUUCAUGUGGUUUCAAUGGGAUGUACUGCUGUUGGAAGCUGGUUUCCUGUCGAUCCUGAUAUCGCCGCUCCGCUACAAGCCGGGCACGCGGAAACGACCGACGCCGGUGGCUGCCAGUGAAGAGGUCUCCUUCUGGCUUGUGCGGUGGCUCGUCUUCCGCGUCCUAUUCUCAUCCGGCAUCAUCAAACUCAUCAGUGGAUGUCCUUCCUGGUGGGGUCUCACAGCCAUGAAUGUACACUUUGAAUCGAUGGUCCUGCCAAGUCCAUUGGCCUACUAUUGCCAUUAUCUGCCUACCUGGUUUUUGAAAUUGAAUGUGGUGUUCGCAAACUACGUGGAAUUGUUCCUCACUCCCCUCUUCUUCUUCCCCCUGCAAUCUGUGCGUACUGUCAACUUCUACAUUCAGCUAUUUCUACAAGUAUGCAUCAUAAUUACUGGAAAUUUCAACUUUUUCAAUUUCCUGAUAAUCGCGUUGCUACUUUCUUUGUUGGAUGACGGAUUCUUCAACAACAAUGUCAAACCUGGCCCAUCAAGGAAUAGGAAAAUUCUGAAUUAUAUCAUCACAAUUGCUGUGUACGCAGCCGUGUCAUACGUCACCACACAGCUGUACACACUCAAACUGCAACCUGGAGGAAUCAUCGACUCGAAAAUCGCGUUCAAUAAGAAGGAGUUUGACAGUGCGUUGGGCAAAGCAUUCCCGAUACUGGUGUCGCUGGGUCUGGUCUCACUGGCGGUGACGUCACUGAAGGCGAUUUACACUGCCCUCACCACCCCCGCCGCCUCCAUCGCCAAGCUGGGCUCUCUUGUCUCAACUAUGUUCUACAUCACUGCCGCUUUCUUCAUAUUCAGCGACAGUUUGGUUCCGUUUUCGUCGUUGCACCCGGCUGGCAAUUCGACGGUUCUACCCCAGGUGCGCCAAUUUCAUUCCAAGCUGUCGCAUCUCCAACUGACCAACGCCUACGGACUGUUCAGACGGAUGACUGGCGUCGGCGGAAGGCCGGAAGUUAUCAUCGAAGGCUCAGACAACUUGAAUGGACCCUGGCAAGAGUAUCAAUUCUUGUACAAGCCUGGCAACGUUAACAAUAGUCUUCCCUUUGUUGCUCCGCACCAACCCCGCCUGGACUGGCAGAUGUGGUUUGCAGCUCUGGGCACCUACCACCAGAACCCCUGGCUGAUGUCGCUGGCCUACCGCCUGCUCAACAACCAGGCCGAAGUGGUGGCUCUCAUGGACAAGGCCCACAACCCCUUCGCCUCCCGCCCGCCCAAGUAUGUGCGCGCCAACCUCUACCACUACCACUACGUGCCCUGGGCUCAGAGAGGAUCGAAAACUUGGUGGACUCGUGAGAAGGUUGGAGAGUAUUUCCCAGUAUUCUCCAAGGAUCACCCUCCUCUCUUGGACUACUUGACUAAUAUGAAUAUUCUUUCUCCGCGCAAAUCGACCGUUUCACCCGUCAUCAAAGGUAUUUUGGAUCAACUGAGAGCGUUGUUCACGAAGGUGGACCCUUGCCUGUUGUUGUGGUCGAUUCUGACGGCUGGCUGUGCUAUCAUCAUUGUGCAGGGACCGGCCAUCUCACCCAGUGCAAAACCCAAGAAAUAGAUGACCAUCAAGAAGCCUUCGCCACAGAUCAGUUCAGUGAAGAUCAUCAUAUUGCGGGUAGCGGGUUUUGCUUUGAAUUAUUCUACGGUGAUGCGAGGCUCUUACAUCUGGUUUUAACUAUUCUCCAAUACUGAUCAACUCUACAAAUAGUGCAAUGAUAAUUUCAUUCAAAGAAUCUCAGAAGUGAGUGUAAUCGAUUUACUAAGGUUCACAUAAUUAUUAUCAUUUUUAUAUUUUCAUGACAAUCCAACCCACUGCCAAUGUUUAAUCGAGUAGAGACUGUGACAAACAUCGGAAUAAUUACUCUGUACUGUGAAUUUCUACUUCAGUUGAAUGAUACUACAAUCCCAUAAAGUACUUUUUAUUAGUAUGUGUGGAGAUGUUUGAUAUCAAGAGUUGAAUUUGAUAGUCAAUAUUAGAGUUGAUUUCUAAAAAUUACUUUUUGCUGGUGGAAAAAACGACUAGCAGUCAGAUAUUUUACAAUAAAUGAAUUAAUCUCUCACUUUGACAACGAGAUCUUUCGGCAGGCCCGCCAUCUUCUUGGUUGUACUCAUAGACAAGUAAACUACUUGUGAUGUGCAACAGAGUGAUCUUGUUGUCACAGUGAGUGAUUAAUUCAUUUAUUGUAAAAUAUCUUACUGCUAGUCGUUUUUUCCAACAGCAAAAAGUAAUUUAAUAAUAAGCAGUUCGUGAUGGAAAACAACAUUGAAGAAAUCUAAAAAGUCUGAGAAUUGGAUAGCCAUUGAUUUAUUUCGAUAAAAUUGUAUUAAUUAUUGAAAAUAAAUUUGGUAAUCAAUGGAGUUGUUUUUCAAAAAUCCUGAGUGUUGGAUGGUCAUUAAUUUAUUUUGAUAAAAUUAUAUUCAUUAUUAAGAAUAAUAUUUCAUUACUUUAUGUUGAAACUCUUUAUGUGUAAUCUAUCUCUAAGCUUUAGUUACUGAUCAUUGAUGUUAGGUACUUAUUUUAAUGUUCCAAUUCCAUCCGUUUAACGUACAUAUCUUCAGAUUGCUUCCAUAACAAUACAAUCAAAUCUUUAUUUCCUUGAAAUUUUAAAAUUUAUCUGCUAGUGGAGUUACAAAAAACAAUAAAACCGGAAUGAGUUCUUCUACGACAAAGUGAAAACGACAAAAGUCCCAUUAAAUCUGACUAUAACCUCAAAGAAUAGCUAUAGCAUACUAGUCAUCUUCAACGCUAACGCCGUAAGGUAUGCUACAGGAAUGGCAAAAUUUAGACAAUAUUAAUUGAUUGAAUUACCAAGGGCACAAAAAUAAAUGAAUUCUAAUAGGUAAUUUAUGUACUUAUCCUUUGAUUUAUGAAAUCUUGUAAAAUAUUGUUCCCUUUUAAAACGGUUAGUGAAAUGAGUUUUUUAAUGCUAUCGUUAAUUUAGACAUUCUGUGGAUGAUGUGAUGGGAAAGACACUUUUUAUUUAAUACAAUUCAAGGAUUACAUCAGUAGAGUAUUUUUUUCUUGUUGAAUGAUUUUCUUCUCAUUAAUUAUGUAUCCGGAUAUUGUCACUGUAAAAGACUAGUUUGUUUUGAAAACAUCCCUUAGUUUUUAUGGUACCUUAUAAGAUAAUUCUCGUUUUAUCAUGGUGUUAUGUAUUGAAUGAAGAUAAUGAAAAUUAUCAGCACGUUGAACUUCAUUCAAUAACUAAUGAUAAUUUAUAAAAUAAUUACAUCAAUAAUAAAUUCAUACCUACAUAGUGUGUAAAUGACCUAUCUUUAGAAAUGUGUGCGAACUAGCAAUAAAGUUCUUCUAGUAUAAAUUUGUGUAUAAAGUCCUAAGUUUGUCCUCUGCACAAAUUUCAAAAUUUAUUAAUUCGACUAUGUUAACUUCGUUGAGAUGGUGGUGGCUAUUUCAAAUAAUGUCUGUGACUUUUUAGAGAAAUGCACACAAUCACAUUGUGAUAACUGCAAUACACGGCUUUUAAUGUCUUGAAAGAUUUAGUUGUUCAUAAUUUGAAGUAUUUCUUUGCUUUAAGAAUUUUAUAUUUUUGUAUUUUUUGUAACAAUUUCGUGAAUAUUGUAUCUAGUGAUAACAGUAUAAUAUUAGCUUUAGUAAAUAAUAAUAUAACCUGGUGAAUAUAAACAAAUCGUUUUUAAUGUUGAACAAUAAGAGUGUUAUCUUCUUGUAAUUUUAAUAUCAAUUUAUUGCCUAAUUAUUUCAUGUAAAAUAAAAUUAUAUGGUCAUACAAUCACCUCAUAGCUAUCCAAACAAUUGAAGCCUUAAGCGAAUUUAUAUAUCUGUAUAAUGAAAUAUUAUUUCUUUAAUUUUUAUUGUCUGAUGUUUCAACUGUCAUGAAAUAUUUUGAUUUGUUCACUAUCUCUGAAUAGUUUAUAAAAUUCAAGUGGAAUUGAAAAUAAUGCGUUCUCAUUCUCUUAUAACAGUUGAACAUUUUCUUAUUAUAUUGUAACAGUUUGAAGGGUGAAUACUAUUUAUUCGAUGUAUUGCAAGAAAUUGUUGAAUCACUUAAUAAAAGAUUGAAACGUUAA